GUAGCGGGGGAUUGAGUAUAGGGCAGGCUGGGGAGUUUGACUACUCCGGGUCUCAGGCAAUAAAAGCUUUGAAGGAGCACAAUGUCUUUGUUGUGCUCGUCAACCCAAACAUUGCUACUGUGCAGACAUCCAAGCAAAUGGCCCAUAAGGUCUAUUUCUUACCGGUAACGCCGCAGUUUGUGUCGGAGGUGAUUGAUAAGGAAAGGCCUCAAGGCGUUCUCUGCUCCUUCGGUGGACAGACAGCGCUGAACUGUGUGGUUGAGCUGCACCGCACCGGGGUAUUGAAGAAGUACGACUGCCAGGUCCUCGGCACGCCAAUAGAGAGAAGCUGCAGCAGCCCUUCUGUGAACAGCAGCAGCAGAAGUUGCUGCGUUCAUCUAAGCAACAGCAGCAUCAGCAGCAGCAGCAGCACCUUAGCCAGGUGCACGAACAGCAGCAACAGCAGCAGCAGCAGCAGCAGGAAGUGCGCUGCUUGUGUGCUGCAGACAAUCAUAUCAACUGAAGACCGCGAGCUAUUUGCAAAGAAGCUGAAGGAGAUAGGAGAGGAGGUGGCGCCCUCAGCAGCAGCAACAAAUGCAGAGGAGGCUGCUGCUGCAGCAGCAGCAAUCGGAUAUCCAGUUUUGCUGCGCGCGGCAUUUGCGCUGGGAGGCCUUGGGUCAGGAUUUGCAGAAGAUGAGGCCUCUCUGCGUCGUCUCUGUGCGGAUGCUUUCGCGCAUUCUUCACAGGUGUUUAUAGACAGAAGUUUGAAGGGCUGGAAGGAAGUGGAGUACGAAGUUGUGAGAGACGCAAAAGACAACUGCGUCGCCAUCUGCAACAUGGAGAACCUCGACCCUCUAGGUUGGGGGGAGGAGGCAAACAGAGACACCGAAAGAGACAUAGAGAGACAGAAGGAGACACAGAGACAGAGACAGAAAAGCAUCCACACCGGAGACUCCAUCGUUGUCGCUCCCUCUCAGACUCUGAGCAACGAGGAGUACUACCGUUUGCGAGAGUGCGCGUUAAAAGUAAUUCGUCAUUUGGGUAUUGUUGGCGAGUGCAACAUUCAAUAUGCCUUAGACCCCAACUCGAAUAAAUAUUAUAUUGUAGAGGUAAAUGCGCGGCUGUCGCGCAGCAGCGCUUUGGCUUCAAAGGCGUCGGGAUACCCGUUGGCGUACAUCGCAGCGAAGUUGGCGUUGGGUUUGGAUUUGCUGCAGCUUAGCAACGAAGUAACGAAGGAGACAUCUGCUUGCUUUGAACCCGCCUUUGACUACGUGGUCACGAAAGUGCCCAGGCAAGCAGUGAAAAGGAGACAGUGGGACAUGAAGAAAUUCGAUGAGGCGGAUCCGUUUAUGGGGUCGGCUAUGAAAAGUGUAGGCGAGGUGAUGGCGAUUGGCCGCACGUUUGAGGAGUCUCUUCAGAAGGCUUUAAGGAUGGUCAAGGGCGAGGCCAACGGCUUCGAUGAACGGAUGUACCCCCAACUGUCUCCGCGUGGGGGAGACGAUCCCACGUUGGCGCGGGAGCGACUGGAGGAGGAGUUGGCGAGGCCGUCUGCUGCUCGCAUUUGGGCCUUGGCUGAGGCCCUGGCGCAGGGGUAUUCUGUGGAGCGGCUGCAUGCACUGACCCGCAUCGACCGUUGGUUUAUUGCCAAGUUGCAGCACAUACACCAGAUUAAGCAGCAGCUUUCAUCGAGGUCUCUAACUCAACUCACGCGUGCAGAUCUUAUCUUCGUUAAAAAAUACGGGUUUAAUGGGGGUCAUUGGGUGUACACACGGUUGGCGCUCUUGCAGCAGAAGGGCGCUUACAAAGAGGCGUCUACGCCUUGGGCUGGCAGCGAGACGGGGACUCCGCGGGGCAGGAAUAUGUGGCAGCAGCAGCAGCAGCAGCAGAAGCAGCAGCAGCAGAAGCAGCAGAAGCAAGACUGGGAGUGGAGAUCGUCCCCUUACAUUAUCCCGCAGCCGGGGUCUAUCCUCAGCAGUCUCUGCAGCUCACGAGAAGCAGCAGCUUCAAAAAAAGCUGAGCCAACGCCUAUCUCCGACUGCUACGUCGUCCUUGGAUGCGGUUGUUACUGCAUCGGCAGCAGCGUGGAGUUUGACUGGUCAGCUGUCUCUUGCAUUUCUACUCUGCGCUCUCUCGGCCACAGAGCGAUUGUGGUGAAUUGCAAUCCUGAGACAGUGUCUACUGACUACGACGUCAGCGACAGGCUGUACUUUGAAGACCUGACGUUGGAGACAGUCUCCACCAUAUGGAAGCUGGAGCAGCCUCGCGGUGUAAUCAUCUCUGUGGGUGGGCAGACACCCAACAAUUUGUGCAAUGCACUUCGCAGCAGAGGAGUUGGAAUCAUGGGGACAGACGUGAGUGCAAUUGACUGCUGCGAAGACCGCCACAAAUUCAGCCGUCUCUGCGAUGAACUCCGCAUUGAUCAACCCGCGUGGAGCGAAUUUUCUACCUUUGAAACUGCACAGGAAUUCAGCAAAAAGGUGGGGUUCCCGGUGCUGGUGCGUCCAUCUUACGUGUUGAGCGGCGCAGCAAUGCGGGUGGUGAUGAACGACCAGCAGCUGAAGGAGUUUCUGCAGGUCGCUGCCGUUGUAUCGGGGGACAGCCCCGUAGUUAUCUCUAAGUUCAUCAGCAAUGCCAAAGAGGUUGAGUUCGACAGCGUUGCCAACAACGGAGAAAUUUUAAACUACGCCAUCAGCGAACAUGUUGAAAAUGCAGGGACCCAUUCAGGAGACGCCACUUUAAUUCUUCCGGCGCAGAAACUCUACGUGGAGACCAUCAGACGAGUUCAGAAGAUUGCUCAGAGGCUCGCUAGGGCUCUCAAUGUGUCCGGCCCCUUUAACAUUCAGUUCAUUUGCAAGAACAACGAAGUAAAGAUCAUCGAAUGCAACCUCAGGGCCUCCCGGACUUUCCCCUUCAUCAGCAAGUGCUUCGGCGUCGACUUCAUUGAACAAGCCACCAAGGUAAUGGUGGGGGCGCCAGUGACUGCGGAGGCGAUCCACUUGACGGCUUUGGAAUUCGUCUGCGUGAAGGUCCCCGUCUUUUCUUUCAGCAGACUCAGAGGCUGCGAUCCCUUGCUAGGCGUCGAAAUGAGAAGCCCUCUUUGGUCGAAGGUGGAUUUCUUCCCCUUUGCACUGCGACUCCUUCGACUUGGAUUUACCAUAUACGCCACAGAAGGGACAUUUGACUUCUUGCAAAAGGGUAUAAAGAGACUGUCUGAAGUUGGAUCAGACGAAAUAGCAGAAGAAGAAUUCGAGGGAGAGGGGCCUUGGGGAGGGCUGCUGCCAGCGCGUGUAGAAGAUGGAGACAGUCAGAUGGGCCCCCUAAAUGGGGCCUCCUUACUGGGUAGCCCUACGGAUGGGCCUUUCAGCGACGACGGAGACAGUGAGGGGCCCCUUACAGAUGGAUGGUGGGGCCCCAUAGGGGGGGCCCCAUCCGAGGGGUCUCCUUUAGGGGGGACCCCCUUAAAGGCCUUGGGUACCCAGAUUAUUGCUGUAGCGAAGAAGGAGGCGCACAGCAACAUACGCAUCACCGCCAAAGAAGCUAUUGAAAAAGGUCUGGUGGAGAUGGUUAUAAACGUGCCAGGGCAGACAAACCACCGAGCGAUAUCUUCGGGGUACCGCAUUAGAAGGGCUGCAAUAGACUCGGGGGUGCCUCUUCUAACCGACUUAAAAGUUGCUGCUCUUUUCGUUGAAAGCAUUGCAAAGAAAAUAUACCGUGAACAAGAACACCAGCGCUUCUGGGAGGUUCGUGCCUGGGAUGAGUAUUAG